UGUCGAAAUUCUGACUGUUCUGAGACUUGCAGGAAAGAAGAAGAAUGUAUUGAGUAGAUGUGUUUCAGACCUAAAUGCAUAUGAAGGGUGGGCAACGAUGAAUUCAACACUCGUCACAGGAAACUACAGCUCAGCAAGUAUUGCAAACUUGAGCCGGUGUGCCCCUGAUGCACAUCUGGAAAAUAUGCUUUUUCUGACUUUAUACAUAGGCAUCAUGCUGUUAGGCCUUCCCUCCAACUGCUUCUCACUUUACGUCUCCUGGCAACACAUCAGGCAGAAGAAUGAGAUAGGGGUCUACCUCUUUAACCUGGCCCUGGCUGACAUUUUCUUUAUCAUGGUGGGUCCCAUUUGGGUGGAUUACAUGCAAAAAGACCAAUGGAUCCACGGCCAGUUCCUGUGCAAUUUAACCAUAUUUCUCAUAUACACCAACUAUUACACCAGCUCAACGUUGUUGUGCUGCAUUUCCGUGGACCGCUACCUGGCUGUGGUCUACCCACUAAAGAACCCUGUCCUGAGAGAGGUGAAAACAGCCUUCUGCGUCACUGUGACAGUGUGGUUGUUCACCAUCGCAUUCAACGCCGCCACAAUGUCCACUCAAGAGUAUUAUAACGAUGACGGGAGCUGCUUCGAUACCUAUCCAAUGCCCGAGGGGCAAGCUACGGUCAGCGUAAUUCGCUUUUUGGUCGGAUUUCUGUUCCCGGCUCUGCUGAUCGCGUUUUGUUGCCAGGGGAUCCACAGAGCGGCGAGGGCCAAUAAAGCCACGGAUAGGCUCGAGCGCAGACGUAUCGCCAUGCUGAUGGGCGCCAUGACGCUGACGCUGUGGCUCUGCUUCGGACCAAUCCAUGUCGUGCUGCUGCUCCGCGCUCUGCGGGAGAAAGAGUGCCAGGACGCCAGUAGGUUCUCCGUCCCCUUCAAAGUCAGCAUCGCCCUCUCCUCACUCAACUGUCUGGCCGACCCCUUGCUGUACUGCUUUGUCACAAAAAGUGCCAAAUCAGAAAUCACACGCGCCGUUGCCUUCAUUCAGAGGAAGCGGAAGAAGAACAUGACCCGUCAACCAUCAUAGAGAAUCAUGUUGUGCCUCACAUCUGCGCAGACAAUGCAAGACUUCACAGAGGUCAUGAAUUGCAUAAAGGCAUGAUGACUCAAAAGGAAGAAAUGUCUUGGACACGGCCCAUAAUAAAACUCAACUUCACGUGUUAUAGGUGUGCUCACAGUUUUAAAGUAAAAACUGUAUCUUGGCACUACUUCACCAAAUGGAAGUCCUCGUAUGUUGAAAUUAGGUUCUCUUGAGGUUUCUUGCUCAGUUUCAUUUUAAGAUAAAUGUUCACUUGGGAGACCAAUAUAAAGCUGAAAGGGUAGAAGAGUAGAGGCAGACAGUUGGCUUGUACUGCCAUCUACUGGACAAUGUUAGAAAAACAGAUGGACCAUACUGGUUGAAAAUCUCACCACAGCUUGUUCUUUCAAAUAACAAUUCACUUUUCAUGAAAUUUGAAUAGUUUGAACUUUGAACUUUAACAACAGUUAUAUUCCUAUUUUGAAAAAUAUAUUAACGUUGUACAGUAUUUACAAAAAAUAUUGUAAAAAUAGUAUUAAAAUGAUCCUAUCUCAUAAUAAUAAUAAUUUUAUCUUUUUUAAUUGAGCAGUUUUGUCUUUAUGGGUCCUGUUAUACACACUUAUAUGACAGGCCCCAUGCAGACCCAUGUAUUUUUUUCCACACCAGUUAGACAGCCCUGCCAUCACAAAUGCAAGAUGGGACAGUCUAAUAACCUGCUUGUUGUUCUGUUGAAGUGUCAUACAAUCAGUAUAAAGCGCUUGAUUAUUAAAAUUUCAGAUAUGUUGAUCUGAGUCGCCAAUGUGUGGAAUAGCCUGCAUGGUCAUGUAGUCGAGGCAGAAACAUUAGUGGAGAGAAGAAGCUUUCAGAUGCUUGGUGCUUUAUAAUCAUUACAGGUAAAUAUGAUCAUUUCUUUAGAUUCAGGUUCAUAGCAGAAAUAAAUAUGUGUAGUGCACCAAACACGGAGGUGCUGAGCUAAACACUGACAUUACAGGACAAUUUGUUCCAAUUCUGAAUUUAAUUGCUGGAUCACACAAGAACCAUGUAAUUUCCCUUUCACAUGCAGUAGGUGGGUAAUCGGGUUACAAUUAUGCAUCUUGAAUUUAUGGGGAUGUGCAAUAAUGAUAACAGUGUAGUGUGUUUUUUAUGUGUUUCUAGGUUGCACAGCUGCUGUGCACUGUUAAUAAUUCAGGACAAGAAAAUAAUGAUGUUUAAAUGUUAAAUAUUUUCUAACCUCGCUAUAUAAUUUUCAGAACAAAGACUCUGUCAAUCGCCGCCUACUCUCCUGCUGAUGUUUGCCUAUUUGCAUUUGCGUCACACAGUACUAGGUGGUCAGAAGAUUAAAUACCAUGCUUCUUAUUUGUGUAGUACGUGAAGUUUACCUGUCAAAAGAGUUCCUGGAAUUAAGCAGCGACCGACGGUGAGGUUUAUUUCAAGAUACCUCCCUAUAUGCCACCAUGUUCUAGCCUGCUGUUAUUCUCUUCACUUUGCUCCAGUGAAAUUGAGGGUGAUAAUGAGAAGAGCCUUCUGGCGUAAAUGAGGACUGAAAAUAGAACAGAAUUCCUCAACACAUUCUGAAAAAGUACUGCUUUAAAUGUUUGCUUUAAAUAUUUACUUUGAGCAGGGUAAUGAAGAAGCUAUCCAAACAGGAAAUAUGAAAUCGAAAGUAAUACACGGAUUUGGUUUGUCAGGCCAAACAAGGUGUUUUGGGGAAAUAGCAGGGAAUAAAAUUUGAUUCUGGUUGUUAUCAUGAAA